AUGGCGGAAUUUGACAGCGUCCAGAGGCCAGCUGUUCCAAAGAAUCCCAUUGUGUGCGCACCCGGCCUUGAGUACCUGGCCGUCAUCGACCAAAUAAUAAUACAGCAGGAUGUGGAGCUCUUGGAAGCUUUCACUGGCAUCGAAACGUGCAAUUCCUACGAAGCGAAGAACUCGAUGGGCCAGUUCAUAUACAAGAUCGCUGAAAAUUCGAGUUGCUUUGCGAGGUGCUGUUGCGGGCCGCGGCGAUGCCUCGAAAUGGACGUGACCGACUACAAGAACACCGUCGUGAUGCACUUCGUGCGGCCGCUCCGGUGUUCGCAUACGCUGUUUUGCAUCUGUUGCUGCUCCUGCCUGUGCUUGCAGGUGUACUCAACGAACGGCUACGCCAUCGGAAAGAUUACCAAGCAGUGGAGCGGGCUCGUCAAGGAGUACUUCACGGAUGCGGACACGUUCGGCGUUACUUUCCCCAUGGACAUGGAUGUGCAUCUGAAGGGCGCCCUCAUCGCCGCUUCGAUGCUUAUUGACUACAUGUUCUUCGAAGUAACGUACCAGCAAAGCGACGACCAGGGACCCGGAAUGAUGUAG